GUUCCGGGAGAAGGCUCUUGUUACUUACAACAAAAGGGCCGAAUGACUCCUUCAAGGCAACGAGACAGCUGAGAAGGAGCGAAGACGCCAGCCGUGAAAAGUGAAUCGAUGUGAACUGAAAAGGUAGUACAGGCUGCAGGCAUCCCGGUAAAUCCGGUCGUUGUUUUUGCUUGCAGGUGGCAGGUUUUAAACCAGCACGCGGCUCACAAUGGCGGAGACAAAAAAAAAACAGAUGUAAUUUUCUAGAAAUCAAAUUUGUAUGUCAUUGGGAACGAUGACGCAUAUUUUGAGUCAAAGCACGCACGCCGGCUUAAGUCGAAAAUAUCUUCGGUUGGCAUGCUGAGAAUACGAAAUGGAUUCAACUUCCUUAAAAAGCCUUUUGGAUUUCGUCCGCAUUCCUGACCAACUUACUGUAAGCGGGCGAAGCAAGCGCAACAGGGAACUCAAGGACCUCGGAGUCAGGUGAGCGGUCUUAACCGGACGGGGGGCGAGCUCACGAGGUUCACUCAUCAACACGGGAGACUGAUUCAUACAUUGAUCGGGUUCAAGGUUCACGGAAUGUUUCUCGUGAGUCAUACGCUUGAGUCGUAUUCAACUAAAAAUGUCAUCAUUUCAGCACAGACAUCAUAAAUCGAUCAACCAUUCAGUAUUUCAACCCUUUCAUGCACCAAUAAUGAUCAUCUGUAACCUGAUAACAUGAUAAGCUGUCCACUCGAGUGACCGCUGUCCAUGAAAGGGUUAAUUUUCCCAUGGGCCCGUUAAAAAUCCUUUGACUUGAAUUUAUGAAACAUGCAGAAAGUCAAUCAUGGAAGCCGUUAUAUUUUAUUUAUAUUUACUGGUUAAUUCGAUCAACGGCCACAUGAGGCAAUUUUUUUUCAAGAUUUUUGGGGUGGCCAACGGCCCUGCGUCCCACCUUAGAACCAGCCCUGCACUGAGCAGUAGAAUCACAUCGAAUUGGUUUACCGAACAAUUCUUGAUAUUGACGAUCAAAGCGCAUUGUUACAAAACACUCAAUGAGCAGCGAAACAAAAGAACGCGCCGACCCCUCUAGAAGUGCAAACUCUCGAUUGUUGUGUGACAACAUCACCGUAUCUCUCUCUCGGGUACAGCAGGAGUGAAAAGGGGCGAGUGGGAGAGAGGAGGAGCCAGCCCAGGUGGUCACGUAAAUAUGCACCAACCAAGACAACACACACACGCACACACACACACACAUGCACACAAGCGUGCACACGCACACUCACGGCAAAUGAGCAGCACUCGACUUUUAUGAAUGAACAAUAGCUGGAUGCGCUGCUCUUCGGGCAACAACAGCAGGACAAUUUGGGGCAUUUUCAGAUUUUUGGAGGUUUUAAGGUGACAUUUUUUUGUCAUCUCAAAAAUGUUCCGGAGAAGCAAGAGUAAAGUGUUGGUGGAUUACGCGUCCGAGGAGGAGGACAUGUCUUGGCACUACCGUCAUUCCUAUAAGGACAAAGACAUAGAAGGAGAGGAAGAGGAGGAAGCCGUCACAGGCGUAACCAAGGAGGCCAAGGUGAAGAAGAUGAUGUCCAAAAAAGACAGAAAGGACAGGAAGAUGUUCUCCUCGAAAGACGAUGAGCACUUCUUGUUGACCGGAGAGAAGCACGCGGACCGGCCAGGAUGUCACAAGAAAGUGAAAUGCGAGAAAGACAGGAAGGAGAAGCCUGACAAAGCUCUUUGCUUCUGGGAAAGCGUCACCAUGACUAUGAGACAAAUUUCUCCUGUCAAAAAAACGGACAAGACCAACGGCUUGGAGACGCCCCAAACUCGGAAAGAUGACAUUACUGCCCCACAGGAGGGGGGCGCCAUCCCAAACGGACGCUCGACCUCUCCCCAUCUUGUCGACACGGGUGACUCGUCCCGCUACGACAACCUGUCGCACUCCGAAGACCCCGUCUGCGCCGUCACGUGGACGUCCCGCGCUAAAGUCAGGCUGGCCGGAAUCAGCAGGAUGAGCAAGGGGAUGAUGUCGGACGGCACCUGGGAAGGACUCAAAUAGUCCUUAUUUUAACCCUUCAGCGCCCCCUUCCGCCUGAUGUCGUGUACUAGCUCCGACAACACAUUUUACACUGCAAUUGAAUUGAGUGUAUUUAAUUGAAUUUCCGCCUUGUUUGCAGUGUCUACUCUGUAUGAAUGGCAUCAAUAAGCAAUAUUUAGAGCACCUCGUUGUCGGCUGUGAGUGUGCGCAUGUUCUUUAGAGCGGCUCAUGGGCGGAGGAGAGAAGGCAGAAUAGAAUAGAAUUUUUUUAAUGUUUUUCUUUUUACAGCCAGCGUGCGGACAGGGGCUUCAUGCUGGUGUGGCCAUUUUAGAGCACCUCGUUGUUUAGUUUUGUUUUUUGUCAUUUCUGUUCUCGACCAGUGGUGUGUACAUUUGUGCGAAUUUAAACAGAAGAACACGUAUGAUGAAGAACACUGUAUGCAAUGAUUUGAUGCUGAGUAUUUAUGAUUAUACUGCUGGAAAAAUCUACAAUUUCAAGUGCCUUGAGGUCGGGUCUAAAACCGCUGAACAUUUUGUGCAAUUUUCUCCUAAAUUGCAAUGACACAAAAAUCACAAUGAAUCUAAGACAAUUUAGCAAGCUAGAUCAAAUCUGUAUAAUUUCCACGUAAAUUAUUGGGAGACCUUGCAUAUGACAUAUAUUUUCAUUUGAUCACUUUUUUUUUGUCUCAAAUGAAAAAAAGCUGGGUACUAAUGAGUAUCUUUGAUGUUGUAAUGUUUUACCUGAGGCAGCCAUUUGACUGUCACCAAUGUUAACUUUUUACAGAGGAAAAUGAAGUGCUUUUCUUUCAAGCACUCAUGUUAAUAAAAUCGGAGCAAGCAUCACCUCCACAACUU